AGUGUCUUUAAUCGCUUGAACUUCUAACCCUAAUCACAAAAAUAUACAAAAACCAAAUCCAAAUCUGAGAGCUGUCUGGUGCAGAAGGCAUGUCUGGAUCCUGACGCCACAGAAUGUUGGACAACAAUAUCUGGGGACAAAAAAGCUUUUCAAGGCUCUAUGUGUUUCUUUUUAGGGUUGCGUGAUGUUUUUGCAAACCAGUAAUGAGAGGCUGGAUGUGCGUCAGAUGCCAUGUAUGGAAAAAGAUUACGAAAAUGCCAUCAAGUACUACACAGAGGCCCUGGAGCUUAACCCAUCCAAUGCCAUCUACUUUAGCAACCGAAGCUUGGCAUACCUGCGCACAGAGUGCUAUGGGUAUGCCCUGGCAGAUGCUACAAGGGCCCUGGAGGUGGAUAAGAACUACAUAAAGGGAUAUUACCGCCGUGCCACCUCUAACAUGGCACUGGGCAAAUUUAAGGCUGCACUCAAGGACUAUGAAACGGUAGUAAAGGUUCGGCCGAAUGACAAGGAUGCAAGAAUGAAGUACCAAGAAUGUAACAAGAUUGUGAAACAGAAGGCAUUUGAGAGAGCCAUCGCAAGUGAUGACAAAAAGAAAUCUGUUGUUGACUCUCUGGACAUAGAAAGCAUGACCAUCGAGGAUGACUACGUAGGGCCCAAACUUGAAGAUGGGGAGGUCACGUUGGAGUUCAUGAAAGACAUGAUGGAUUGGUUCAAAGAUCAGAAGAAACUGCACAGAAAAUGUGCUUAUCAGAUUUUAGUACAAGUAAAGGACGUUCUAUCAAAACUACCAAGUCUUGUUGAAAUUACAAUAAAAGAGACAGAAAAAAUAACGAUUUGUGGGGACACCCAUGGGCAGUACUACGACCUCCUCAACAUCUUUGAGUUGAACGGUUUACCUGCAGAGAGCAACCCUUAUCUCUUCAAUGGCGACUUUGUGGAUCGGGGCUCUUUCUCUGUUGAGGUCAUUCUCACUCUGUUUGGCUUCAAGCUGCUUUACCCAGACCACUUCUACUUGCUCAGAGGUAACCAUGAGACGGACAACAUGAACCAGAUGUAUGGAUUUGAAGGGGAGGUCAAAGCCAAAUACACAGCCCAGAUGUUCCAGCUUUUCAGUGAGGUCUUCCAGUGGCUUCCUCUUGCUCAGUGUAUCAACAACAAAGUACUGGUCAUGCAUGGAGGACUUUUUAGUGAAGAUGGUAUCACGUUGGAGGACCUCAGGAAGAUUGAUAGGAACAGACAGCCUCCAGACUCAGGUCCAAUGUGUGACCUCCUGUGGUCCGAUCCACAGCCUCAGAGCGGCCGGUCGAUCAGUAAGCGAGGAGUGAGCUGUCAGUUUGGUCCCGAUGUGACGCAACGCUUCCUGGAACAGAACAAGUUGGACUACAUCGUGCGAAGUCAUGAGGUCAAAGCUGAGGGCUACGAGGUCACUCACUCAGGGAAGUGCAUCACCGUGUUCUCAGCACCCAACUACUGUGAUCAGAUGGGAAACAAAGGAGCAUACAUCCACCUCAGGGGAUCGGACCUCAAACCAGAAUUUCACCAGUUCACUGCUGUGCCUCAUCCGAAUGUCAAACCGAUGGCGUACGCCAACACGCUAAUGCAGUUGGGGAUGAUGUAGAGACCACAGACAUCCUGUCGGUGACACUGAUGACCUGCCGUCGCUCCCGAACCAUUCUUGCCACCUCAGUCGCUCGUUCAUGCUGAGCCUAAGGGAUCCCUCUCCCAUACAAUCUUCAGCUAGUUGUUCCGCAGAAACUGAGGGGUAGUUCUUAUGGGAAGAGAGCACUUAGGCAAGCCCAGUCCAGAUUGUGUUUUUAGUCCUUCACAUUAUUUUUUGAAACUGGAAAAUCCACGUCUCCGUUGUCCAUCUGCCUGCUCAUGUGUGCCAUUUCUAAGUUAAGAAACCAACCAUGAAUAUUUCACAUCUGUCUCCUUUGAGCUGCUUAGUUUUUAAACCUUUGAUCCACUCAGCAGACGGCUUAAAUUAGCUGGUUUGUACCAAAGAUAUGUAAUGAAAAUGAUACGUUUUAGCAAGAGGAACCUGCAUUCACAGUUAGCCAGUUUGUGAAACGGUUUAAGGAGCCGCAUGUCUGUCAGUGUUUCUCAAACCAACUUACAGUAUGUCAGUUCGGCUUUAUUUCAAGAAACUGACUUUUUCUGAUCCAAAAGAAGAUACUCUGGGUACACUCAUCAAGGUGCUGUUUGCCAUUAGUGAUGUAUUUUUGCUGGUAACAUUUAUUUUGCACUGCUGCAAUGUUGGGGAAGGUGCUGUCGCUCCAUGUUGUCAUCUUUCAUCCUUGUUGUGCCACUAACUCGGCAGCUGCUGCACAGUCCACUCUUCAAACUAGCUAGCAAACACUGAUGGCACUCUAGUCUUCAAUACAUAUUCAGACUUAUUAUCCCAUGUGUGAAUUUCUACAUUACACAAACGUCCAGAAUACAAUCCUGUCGUGAAACGCACAGUUAUAUUGUCUGAUGGCCCUGAACUUUUUAGAGAAAUAAAUACACUUUAGUGUAUGUAAAUAUGCUGUAUCAUUUAAAGAUUCUGUGUAAUGUUUGGAGAAAAUUAUUGAAUAAAAAAGCCAGUCCAGUGAUUUUAGAAACAAA